GACUACAGAUCUGAUUUGUCUUUUCAAUCCUACUUCAUCUCCCUACCCAGCUUUGCUUUCAAUGUGAACUUCUUCGUAGUCUUCCUUUCAUAAAAAAUCUUGCACCCUUUCGUUCAAAGGAAAAUUACCCACACCCCCAACUUUUUUAAAUUCAAAAUAAAUUUUGUUAGCAUUGGGUGCCUGAUCGAUAUAAGAAGUUACUGGCAUUGCAUUUGAGAUUGACCCCAUCGAAAUGAGUUCUCAGAGAUCUGCAAAACCCACAAAAAGCCCCAGCCAAACAACCCCUUCGAGAUCUUCGUCUUCUUCAGCUUCGUCUCUCUCGUCCCAUCUGGCAAUGGUCGAAUUGAAGCAGCGAAUCCUCAAUUCCCUCUCCAAGCUCGCCGACCGCGACACGCAUCAGAUCGCUGUGGAGGACCUCGAGAAGACAAUCCAUUCCAUCUCAAAUGACGGCAUCUCAAUGCUCCUGAAUUGCCUCUGCGACGCCGUCAAUGACCCCAAGCCCGCCGUGAAGAAGGAGAGCCUCCGCCUGCUCGCCGCUCUCUGCGCCGCCCACACGGAUCCUGCCGCCACUCACCUCACUAAAAUUAUUUCCCACAUUGUCAGGAGGCUCAAGGAUUCCGAUUCCCAGGUUAGGGACGCGUGUCGCGACACCAUUGGCUCCCUGGCGGGGCUGUACUUGAAGUGCGGCGGUGGCGCCGGAGAUGGCGCUGUUUCGCUCUUUGUUAAGCCCCUUUUUGAGGCGAUGAAUGAGAACAACAAAACCGCCCAAGCAGGUGCGUCGAUGUGUAUGGCUAAGAUGGUCGAAUGUGCUACUGAUCUGCCUCCGGCAACGUUUCAGAAGCUUUGCCCUAGGGUCUGCAAGUAUUUGAACAAUCCUAAUUUCUUCGCCAAGGCUUCUCUGCUGCAAGUUGUCUCCAGCCUUUCUCAGGUUGGGGCAAUUGCGCCGCAAAAUUUGGAUCAAUUGUUGCCGAGUAUUCAUGAGUAUCUUGGUAGUUCAGAUUGGGCCACUCGGAAGGCUGCUGCUGAUGCAUUAAGUGCCUUAGCUUUGAACACCGGCUGUAUAACUUCAGAUAAAGCUACCACCACAUUAAAUGUGCUUGAGACUUGUCGAUUUGACAAGAUAAAACCUGUGAGAGAAAGUAUGACAGAGGCAUUGCAGCUCUGGAAGAAAAUUGCUGGAAAAGGGGAUGGAUCUUCGGAUGAACUUAAAGCCAUGUCCCAUGAUUUUGAGGCUUCUGAAUUUGCAGACUCGCCGAAUAAGAAGGAUCAAUCUAGUCUUGGUGUGGGAGGAAGUGAAAAAUCUACGAAGACUUCAUCUAAUGGAUUUUCUCCACCUGAUUCAAGUUCCAAAGGCAAUGCAAACAACAAUUCUGAGAAGGCGAUCGGCUCAGCAAGGAAGAAGGUUCCAGCGUUGUCUGACAAAGAACGGAACCCUGAGUUCUUCCAGAAACUCGAAACAAGGGGUUCAGGUGAUUUGCCUGUAGAGGUAGUUGUACCUCGUCGACAUGCCAGUGCUUCCAACUCACAAAGUGACGAAAACCCCGAUUCAGAUAAUCCUGAUCCGAGUACGAGGUCCAUGAUCAAUAGCCAGGCUCGAGCAUUCUUCAAGGCAAAAUAUGAAAGUGGAAGCGUUGCCGAGAGGAACGAUCCUAAUCAGAGAGAUUCAUCCGCCAUUUAUGGAGAUUCUUCUAGAAAUGUCGGUUUAUCUGAUGGAUUAUUGAAUAACAAAGGGAACAGCUUGUCUAUUCAGCGUCAAUUAUUGCAACUGGAGAGGCAACAAGCUCAUCUAAUGAAUAUGCUGCAGGAUUUCAUGGGCGGUUCUCAUGACAGCAUGGUGACCCUCGAGAGCCGGGUACUGGGGCUCGAGAGAGUUGUCGAAGACAUGGCUAGAAAUCUGUCUGUAUCAACAGGUCGGAGGGGGAUUAACACGAUGGCUGGAUUCGAGGGAUCAAUGAACAGACAUUCCACCAAGUACGGUUUCCAGGACUAUUCAAACAGCAAAUUGGGGAGCGGAAAUGACGGCCGCCCUCUCUUUGGAGAGAGGUACGGCGCAUUUGAAGGCGUCGCUUCAAGAAUGAGGAGUAGGGUCCCGUCUUGGCGAUCUGAGGCGGUGGAUGCUUGGGAUGUGACGGGCUAUUCUAAACAUGCUCAAAUUGGCUCGAGGAGAGCAGGAGGUGGAGGAAAUAUCGAUAUCAGGCCGGGAACGUCUGAAAGUGAAGCUAAUCAGGCCGGGAGCAGGAAAGGUUGGGAAAAGGGAUCGGCACCUGUUCGAUUUGGCGAGGGACCCUCUGCUAGAAGUGUCUGGCAAGCUUCUAAGGACGAGGCGACAUUGGAAGCCAUUCGAGUGGCUGGUGAGGACAAUGGCGUUGCUCGAAGUGCCAGGGCAGCUGUACCUGAAAUGACGGCCGAAGCGUUGGGAGAAGAUGGAGCGGUUCCGGAGAGAGAUCCGGUUUGGACUUCGUGGAGCAAUGCGAUGGAUGCACUUCAUGUCGGCGAUAUGGAUUCUGCUUUUGCCGAGGUUUUGUGUACAGGAGACGAUCUGUUGCUUGUGAAACUGAUGGAUAGAACGGGCCCUGUGAUCGAUCAGCUCUCGACUGAGGUGGCUAAUGAGGUUUUGCAAGUCGUUGGGCAGUUGCUGACGGGACAGAAUUUCAGUGACAUGUGUUUAUACUGGCUUCAACAGUUGGCGGAUAUAGUCGUGGAGAAUGGUCCCGAUGUUCUUGAGAUUCCUACGGAAGUUAGACGAGAGAUAAUAGUGAAUUUACACGACGCUUGCUCGUCGUUGGAGUUACCGGAGGACUGGGAAGGGCCGGGGCCCGAGCAGACGGUGAUGCAGUUGGCGUCGGGCUGGGAAAUCGAUCUGCAACAUCUUGGGAAGUAGUGAAGCAGCCAUUGUUGUUCUCAACAAACUUGCUUUGAUUUGGAUGUAAGUAGGCAGGCAGUUAUAUAUGUCUGCAAGUGCAACAUGGGAUUUCUUCUUCUUCUUCUUCAAUCUGUCUAUCUUUCUCUAUCUUGUGUACGUAUUUCAUUUUGCUUCAAGAUUUAUGUGUUUGAGAAUUUUGUUUUGUGGUAGUCUACAAUUGCUGUGUCUUCAAUUUUUUGAAUUUGGAAUUGGUAACAUAUAUUUUAUGCCUGUGUUUUUCAAUUGCCGAU